UUGCUGGCCUCUUUCUCUCCAAGUGUGCCGCUUGCCAGUGAAGAAAGAAACUCUGCUUCAGUUUUCCACCGAUUUUGUGCCUCGGCGACUCAGUCCGCCCGAGUUCAGACUCAUUCAUCCUUUUCCUCUCAAUGGAGAACAUCAAAUCUCCAUUCAGAGGAAUUGCAAAGGAUGUCCGGGGAAGAGCAUCGUGCUAUAAAGAGGACUGGAUCACUGGAAUUUGUUCUGGAAUUGGGAUAUUGGCGCCAACUACAUAUAUAUUCUUCGCAUCUGCACUUCCUGUUAUUGCCUUCGGCGAGCAACUGAGUCGAGAUACAGAUGGAAGCUUGAGCACUGUGGAAACAUUAGCUUCUACUGCUAUUUGUGGUAUCAUACACUCGAUACUUGGCGGCCAACCUCUUUUAAUACUAGGAGUUGCAGAACCCACUGUUAUAAUGUACACCUAUCUGUACAAUUUUGCCAAGGGAAGGGAGGAUUUAGGACGGGAACUGUUCUUAGCUUGGGCUGGAUGGGUUUGUGUCUGGACAGCUCUCCUUCUGUUCCUUCUUGCUAUAUUUAAUGCUUGCGCUAUCAUCAAUAGAUUUACAAGAAUUGCGGGCGAGCUCUUUGGCAUGCUGAUUGCUGUUUUAUUCAUUCAAGAGGCUAUCAAGGGAGUUGUAAGUGAGUUUGAAGUUCCCAAAUCUGAAGACCCUACAAAAGAGAAGUAUCAAUUCCAGUGGCUUUACAUGAAUGGGUUACUUUGUAUCAUAUUUUCUUUUGGCCUUCUCUACACUGCCUUGAAAAGCAGAAAGGCAAGGUCAUGGCAGUAUGGCACAGGGUUCUUGAGAAGUUUAGUUGCAGACUAUGGGGUUCCUCUAAUGGUCUUGGUGUGGACAGCGCUGUCAUUUAGUGUGCCAGGCAAAGUCCCAUCUGGAGUUCCUCGAAGGCUUUAUAGUCCUCUUCCUUGGGAAUCUGCAUCAAUAUAUCAUUGGACAGUGAUCAAGGAUAUGGGGAAGGUGCCUUUGGCAUACAUAUUUGCGGCCUUUAUUCCAGCUGUGAUGGUAGCAGGCCUUUAUUUUUUCGAUCAUAGUGUUGCAUCUCAGAUGGCACAGCAAAAGGAAUUUAAUCUCAAGAAACCUUCUGCUUAUCAUUAUGACAUAUUUUUGCUGGGACUUAUGACACUGCUUUGUGGAUUGUUUGGGCUGCCUCCUUCCAAUGGUGUCUUGCCACAGUCCCCCAUGCAUACGAAGAGCCUUUCUGUUCUUAAAAGACAGUUGAUUAAAAAAAAGAUGGUAGAGAGUGCCAAAGAAAGCAUAAAAUCGCAAGCUAGCAACUCUGAGAUCUACGGCAGGUUGCAGGCUGUGUUCAUAGAAAUGGACAGCGCAGUUGACACUCCAAUUAGUGCAACAGUGAUAAAAGAACUGAAAGACUUGAAGGAGGCAGUUAUGAAUAGUGAAGAUGAAAAGGGAAACACCAAUACAUUUGAUCCAAUGAAGCACAUUGAUGCCUACUUGCCCGUAAGAGUUAAUGAACAGAGAGUGAGCAAUCUGUUGCAAUCCCUGUUUGUGGCAGCAUCAGUAUGUGCCGUGCCAAUAAUAAAGAAGAUCCCUACUUCAGUUCUGUGGGGUUACUUCGCCUACAUGGCCAUUGACAGCCUUCCUGGGAACCAGUUUUGGGAAAGGAUGCUACUUCUUUUCAUUUCUCCUGGAAGACGAUACAAGGUCCUUGAAAGGGUUCAUGCUUCUUUUGUGGAGUCAGUACCAUUCAAAUACAUAGCUACAUUUACGCUUUUCCAGUUCGUAUAUUUUCUGGUGUGUUUCGGAGUGACAUGGAUACCUAUUGCUGGAAUACUAUUCCCCUUGCCCUUCUUCCUUCUUUUAAGCAUAAGACAGCACAUCCUGCCGAAGUUCUUUCCGCCACGUCAUUUGUGGGAACUGGAUGCAGCUGAGUAUGAGGAAAUUGCUGGUACUCCGAGACCGUCCCUCAGCUUCAAUUUGCGGGAAGCAGAAGCACCUAGUUUUGUUGACGAAAAUAGGGGGUUGGAUAUUUGUGACGCUGAGAUCUUAGAUGAGCUAACAACCAGCAGAGGGGAACUUAAACUCAGAACUGUAAGCUUUAAUGAGAGGCGUGGCCAGGUUCAUCCAGGAGACAAGAGUGUAAAAUGAGCAAGAGAUAAGUUGGAUCAUGGUGGAAAUGAGUGUCCACGAUGAUGAUGACGAUAACGAUAAAUUUAGGCAAAAGGGAGAAUGAUGUUAUUGUUGGUUUACACUAUCACCCAAUUGUUGGGAAAAAAUGCCAUUUUUGUUGUUUAAUUUAUUGAUUAACCACGGGGUUAGAGCUGUUUAUCACUGUGCAAAUGUAAAUGCUGUUCUGCAGUUAGGCGCUAAUGGAGGGAUUGUGAAGUUCCAUUUUCACCAUUAUUGUGACAAGAAGGCCUUCUCUAACAAAAUUUUAGCUGUCAAGGUGGUCAAAUAAGGGGAGAACCUUUUCAUUAGAAGUGGGAAGAAAUGGGAGUUUCACUUUGUAAAUUAUGGAAAGCCACAUUAAAAAAUAUGUAUAUAUGAUAGCUGUCGUAUGGCCUGAACAUGUUGAAGAGAGAAGCUUUUCGUGAGGGGAAUUUGCCUCUUUUAAAUCAUGAGAAGUUGCAAUUAUAAACAUCAUGUUAGCUGUCAAGCCGCCAAACACAUAAUAAAAAGGAAGGACCUUUUCAAGAGAAGGGGAAAACAUAGGGGAUGACAAAGGAGGAUCCUCUGUUUUGAUUGACAAAAGAAGAUGAACGUUCUCCGUUGAUCUGUUUAAUUAUUUAUAUGACAUGUAUUCUUAAAGAGCGGUUGAAUGAUUAGCUAUAAAAUAUAUUAUCAUUAUCUUAAUACAAUAUAGUUAUGUUUGAUCA